AUGAAUAAAAAUAUUAAAUAUUUUCAAAAAGAAGAACAAAAUAAAAAAUUAUCAUCACAUUCUUGCGAACAAUCUCAAUUCACUUGGAAUAAUAAUGUUGCAUGUAAUAUAUCCAAAGAACAAGAUUAUUUGAAUAAAAAAAAUAUUUUCGAUAUAUUUCAUUUCCUUCUCUCUCAUGUUAUUGUUCAACAACCAACAAAUCCUAUCCAAUAUCUUUAUGAAUUAUUAGAUGAUUUUAUAUUGUUUAGAUCGGGACUUAAAAAUCCACGAUUACUUUGGACAAAAAGGCAUGUUGAUGCGAUAUUUGGAAACGUUCUCUCUCGUGAUUCAGAACUUUUACCGUUGGACGAUUAUAAAAUUGCUAUGAAAACGUUGAGCGUACAUUAUUAUGAUCCUUGUCCCGUUCAAGUUAUGCCAGGAUACAUAGAUCGACAAACCUUUUGCACAGAAGCAUUGAACAACAUGAAAAAGGAAUUGAUGCGUAUUGCAAAUGAAACUAUUUAACUUAGAUUCCACGAUGUCUCUAUAAUUUCAAAAUAUUUAUAUACAUAUAUAUCGUGAUAUGAAAUGAUUGUAUAUUUUUAUAAAAUUGUCAACAUAUAAUAAAAAUAAAUCUAAUAAUUUCUUCAUCAAAUAAGUUUUAUCAGAUAACGUCAUGAAAAAUAAAUCUUAUCUUCUUAUUAAUA